CCAAGUUUAAAAAGCUCUUUGCUGAGUCAUACCCUAAGAAAAACUCGUCAUAAACCAUGGCGCUCUCAUACGCUGCCACCACCACCUCCAGUAGUUCUACCACCAUCCUCCGCCUCCCGCCGACGGGCAAAUCCAUUCCAGGUGCUUUUUUUUCACCUAAAGUUAGGCUGUUUACUGUAAAGUGCUCGUCUGUUUCUCUCUCCUCUGAAGGCUUUUCUGCUGGGUUGGUAGAAAGACCUUGGAAGGUAGCAGAUGCUAGACUCGUGCUUGAGGAUGGCUCAGUAUGGAAGGCAAAGUCCUUUGGUGCUUCUGGAACUCAAGUUGGUGAAGUGGUUUUCAACACAUCUUUAACAGGAUAUCAGGAGAUCCUCACUGAUCCUAGUUACGCUGGUCAAUUUGUUUUGAUGACAAAUCCCCAUAUUGGGAACACUGGUGUGAAUUUUGAUGAUGAAGAAUCAAGGCAAUGUUUCCUGGCAGGGCUAGUAAUAAGAAGCUUGAGUAUCAGUACCUCAAAUUAUAGAUGUACUCAGACACUUGGUGACUACUUGGCAGAGCGAAGCAUCAUGGGCAUAUAUGAUGUUGAUACUCGUGCAAUUACUCGGAGAUUAAGAGAAGAUGGGAGCCUCAUUGGUGUAUUGAGCACCGAAAACUCCAAAUCAGAUGAGGAACUUCUACAGAUGUCACGUAGUUGGGACAUUGUUGGUAUCGACCUUAUAAGUGGUGUCUCAUGUACUAGUCCCUAUGAAUGGGUCGAUAGAACAGGCUCAGAGUGGGAUUUCAACUUUAGUGGAAGGAACAAAGAAACGUUCCAUGUUGUAGCAUAUGAUUUUGGCAUCAAAUCAAACAUACUCAGGCGUCUGGCAUCAUACGGCUGUAAAAUCACAGUUGUGCCUGCAACAUGGCCAGCAGCUGAAACCUUGAAGAUGAAACCAGAUGGAGUUCUUUUUAGCAAUGGUCCAGGAGACCCAUCUGCAGUUCCCUAUGCUGUUAAUACUGUGAAAGAGAUAAUUGGAAAAGUUCCUGUUUUUGGAAUCUGCAUGGGACAUCAGUUGCUUGGUCAAGCAUUAGGUGGAAAAACCUUUAAAAUGAAGUUUGGUCACCAUGGGGGAAAUCACCCAGUUCGGAACAUUCGAAAAGGCAGCGUUGAGAUUAGUGCUCAGAAUCAUAACUAUGCUGUUGACCCUGCAUCAUUACCUGAUGGCGUAGAAGUAACUCAUGUUAACCUCAACGAUGGAAGCUGUGCCGGUCUUGCCUAUGAGAACUUAAAGCUAAUGUCACUCCAAUACCAUCCUGAAGCGUCUCCUGGUCCUCAUGAUUCAGAUCCUGUGUUUGGAGAUUUCGUACAACUCAUGAAGCAAGAAAAGUCGAAACAAUGAUGCUGCAGUCAAAAUUUGGAAGAAAUUAGUCGAUUUUGCAGGUUUUGCUUUAUCAAUGUGUUAUGAGAAAUAGUGGUUGAAGAUAUCGAAUUGAAAUUCAGCAGGGAGAAUCAUACAUCUCCAAAAGUUGAAAAGUUGUCCGAGUUGAACUUUUAUGUUGCACUUGUAGUCGCCAAUCUCUUGAUUGCUGCCACGGCAAAGAUGAUCUGUGUUUUUGCUGUGUAUGGAGUUCAUUAUUAUUUGGUGUGUGGAAAACGUCAAUGAUGCUGCAAUUGAAACCACUCACUCGUCAAUGGAAUGGACAAUUGCAGAGUUGGUGAAUCAUCCAAAUGUUCAAAACAAAAUCAGAGAUGAAAUCCACACGAACAUCAAAGAAAACCCAGUCACCGAAUCAAACCUUCAGGGACUACCAUGUUUUUACAAGCCACCGUCAAUGAGGCGAUCUUUUAUUAUACUCAACAGUGUAGCGAAUUCGGAAUGAACUAGAAUACCUCAUUUUUCUUACAGUCGAAAGCAAGAUGUAGUAUGGUCAUACAAACUUCGUUUUUAGAGCUUAAGAACUCGGAAUCGUUCAAAAUCAGCGACAAAGACUUCAGAGAACCUAACUGAGCAUCCAACCGAGAGGAAAAUACACAUUGUUUUUCUCAUGGUCUCGACCUGUGCGAGUAAAAAUAAAUUUUGAUGGAUUCUCGAUCCUAAAUCCAGGAAAAUGCCGGCUGUGGAAUAGUUUUUUUGUGAUACAUAUGGAC